UGGUCAUGAGAACCAGAUGGAGCCUGGGCCACAGGAUGGCAGGCAGGCGGCUCCGCUAUCUGCUGCCUGACAACACCGUGACGGUAAUAGGGACGCUGCAGAGCGCUGUUACAUUAUUGUGACACUUGCCUGCUGGUUUAGGGAGCUUCAUAACGGUACCGGACCGGUGAAGUUUGUCUUUUGGUGGAGUCGGAUAGCUUCGCCUGUGGCUUAGAAACGCUGUAAGCUAAAUGAAGUUUAAUAAGCUAACGUUAUAGUCAGCUCUCAUCCAGCAGUUAGCAGUGCUGGCUACAAGUGCCGACCGACACCGCUGCCUGUCCCUCGCUGCUUUUACAUGGUCAGAAUUAGCUCUGCAGAGAGACAUGCCUUUCUUCUUCGCUCGUAAAUAUAUAGUGACUCGCAGAUGAUCCCAGCUAGCUCGAGUUACUGCUUUUCCCACGGAUGUAGGUAACGAAAAUUGAUAGUGUUUAUUUUAUUUUAUUUUUUUUGUGGUCAGUCAAGAUAGCAAUGCGGACCACAUUGUUUCUGAUCGGCUCCCCGGCUUCGGAUUACUGCGCUCCACGGAACUGCUGCGGCGUGAGUUAUUGCGUUUCGCAUAAUGGGUGAUCAUUAUGGAGAUGUCAAGGUUCAGCUCGGGCAGAUGAAAUCACUGGGCGAGGAUGCAGAGAAGGAGGAAGUGGAUCCCGAGGAAGAGAUGCCCGUGUCUUCUCCCUCCGCCUCACCAGAUCCCACCGGCUGCAUCACCACCGCCCCGGGGGCGGAUGCACUAUCCACCAAUAUUUGCAAGCAGAAGGGGAAAAGAAGCACCAAGAAUCCUUGUGGGAGACCCUUGCAGGGAUUUCCAGCUCACGCUGUGAAAAACUUCAACAGUGCUAUAUGUGAUCAAACACUCCACAUCAAGGGGACGGGGAAGAUCCUGCAAGGCAAGUCAGCAGAGAGUAACGGGAACUACGUCGGCGUCCACGAGUCCAGCAACACACAGGAAACACGCUGCGAGGAUGAAUUCAAGCUUCCCAGGAAGAGGAGGCCUGUGACGGUGGACACAUCUAAAGCCAAAACCUCCCUGGAAGCCCUGAAGCUGAGCAUCAAGGAGCUACAGUGGAAAGAGUUUCACACGGGAAGACGUGCAGCGUGUGAUAUCUACUGGCAUGGUGUUUCCUUCCACGACAAUGAAAAUAUUGUGUCAGGACAAGUCAACAAGUUCCCAGGGAUGGUGGAGAUGCUGAGGAAGAUCAACCUGAGUAGAGCGGUUCGGACUAUGCAAGAGCUUUUCCCAGAAGAGUACGACUUCUAUCCACGCUCCUGGAUCCUCCCUGAAGAGUACCAGCAGUUUUCCACAGAGAUUCGUAUGGUGAAGGAGAGCGACGCCACGGAAAGCCCGACUUUUAUCGUGAAGCCCGACGGUGGUUCCCAGGGGGAUGGUAUCUACCUCAUCCAAGACCCCGGCGAUCUGAAGCUGGUGGUGGGCGCACAGGCCAAACAAGCGGUGGUGCAACAAUACAUCCACAAGCCGCUGCUCAUCGACAAGCUCAAAUUCGACAUCCGCCUCUACGUGCUGAUAAAGUCCAUGCAGCCGCUGGAGAUCUACAUCGCCAAAGAAGGUCUGACGCGCUUCUGCACCGAACCCUACCAGGAGCCAAGCCAGAAGAACCUGAGCCGCGUCUUCAUGCACCUGACCAACUACUCGCUCAACGUUCAAAGCGGCAACUACGUCCACUCGGACAGCCAGAACACGGGCAGCAAGCGGACACUCUCCAGUGUGCUCUACAGGCUGGCAGCCAAGGGCGUUGACAUCAAGCGGGUCUGGUCGGACAUCAUCGCCCUCGUCAUCAAGUCUAUCAUCGCCGUGCUGCCGGACCUUAAAGUCCACUACCAAGCCGAUAUACCGCCUGCUAAGCCAGGGCCUACUUGUUUUCAGAUAUUAGGCUUCGACAUCCUGCUGAUGAAGAACCUGAAGCCGGUGUUAUUAGAGGUCAACUCCAACCCCAGUAUGAGAAUAGAACAUGAGCAGGAAGUGGCUCCAGGAGUUUUCGAGUACGUUCCCAGUCCAGUAGACGAGCAGGUGAAAGUGGGGGUGAUCAGGGACACGCUGCGCCUCAUGGAUCCCUUAAACAAGAAAUUGACAGCGACUCCUCAGCCAAAAGGAGGCGGGUCUGAUCCUGUGGAGGUGAUCCCGGCGGACGGCGACUCUCAAGGCAGAAGUCCAGAUAACGCAGAUAAUCUGCCUCCGCUGUGCUUGAAGCAGGUCUACCCGAAGUACACCAAACAGUUCAACCACCUGCGGCUGGUGGAGCGAAUCGCCGCUCUCUUCAUACGCUUCCUCGGGGUGAAGGGCAACAUGCGCCUCGGCCCCACUGCCUUCCGAACCUUCAUCAGGACUUGUAAACUGAGCAACAGCAACUUCACCAUGGCCUCAGUGGACAUCUUGUAUAUUGACAUCACACGUCGAUGGUCCUUCGCCCUGCCCGACUCUCGAGAAGCAGGGAUGGGACUGCAGGCAUUCGUGGAAGCCUUUUUCAACCUGGCGGGGCGGCGGUUCAAAUCCCUCGCGCUGAGGGAGCAGGUAGUGUCCCUGCUGGACCUGUGCGAGUCUCACCUGGGGCCGCCGUCCGGCGCCGAGGACAGACGCUCGCUGAGCUGCAGCAGGGUGCUGCCGCGAGGCGGCAGGACCCGGGCGCUCUACCUCCCCCACCCUCGGCCCAUCUCUCCGGCCGUGCACCGGAGGGCCACGAGCCAGGACUGCCGGCCGCAUCAAAGACCAAAGCCUCGCACGCUCAGGGCAAACGUGGAGAACUGAUGAGAGGGAACGGGCUGUUCAAAACCCAAUGCAUCGCCUUGAACCCUCUCCACAGGAGCGAGCAAGGAGUGGGGAGAUUAAGGGUCCAUUUCUCCUCCUCAGAGUCUGAGAAGGGCUAGUCGACCCCUGCUGGCUGGCUUGUCGGCGCACUGCUCUCUGCCUGAUUGCUUUUUUUUUUUUUUUUUUUUUUUUUCUCCCCCUUUGAGGAUGAAGAUGGCCUCGGAGCCGAGGGGGGAAGGCACUGAAAUGGUAAUGGAGGCUGGUGGAUUCCUUCCUCCCCUUCUUGUGGGAUCACACGUUAGCAGUGUGGUCCUGUCAGGAGGAGGAUGUGGCUGCUUUUUAUGUACCGUUUGAUUCUAAAGGGCAGCUACUGGCUUCCCUUCUCUUCUGUCUGACUACGUCUCCAAUAAAACCUUCAUAGGGUUUUUUUGGGGGGAUUUUUGUAUGUUUUUUUUUUUUUUCCCCAGCGAUCAUAGUAGAUAUUUUUAUGUACGUUAAUUCACACAGAUCACACAUAAACAAGUGAGUGUAAGGGAGCAUUCUGUGUAUUAUCCACUUGCAUCAUGAUAUUUAAAAUUGAUAUUUCUUUUUGUUUUCCAGUAACUUAACUCUGAAAUAUCAUGUACCUAACAAUAACCCAAAAUGAAGUUUGUCAGGAAAUAAAUUGUAUUGAACUAGCUACUUCAGCUAAACAUUUACUGUACAGUACAUGUAUUCAAUUAUUUCAUGAUUCCGUUUGCAUCAGUAACCUCAACCCCUCUGGGCUUUGCUUAACAACCUCCCUGUUGCUUUAGCACUUUUUCCUCCCACUGAACUUUCCGUGUUAAUAUACUUAGAUAGAGCCAGACCCUUUUUGUCAGAAGUGUCGAAAAAUCACCAAGUUCAAAGUGUUGUGGGCCACAAAAACAGAAAAACCAAAGUCAAAAUGUGCUAUUUCUAACUUCAAACAUUGAUUGGGAUUUAUGAAUCAUUCGAAAAACAAAAUUAGUCUAGGAAUUUUGCCUAUUUUACACAAGAGGCAUAUUUUGAGAUAUUUUGAGUUUUAAUCUAUUUUCAGCAACAGGAGUGUGUCAUGGCUCACUUUUUCUUCAAAGAAAAAAAAAAAGAGAAACACGGGUCACCCGAGUCUGCUUUUGAGUCACUGGAUGUUUCUGAUUCUGUUUAAAAAAAAAAAAAAAGUGAAAAAAUUAGACUACUAUAAGAUGAAUACUAUAUGGUUAUACAUUUUUUACUAUAAGAUCUUAAUUUCUCAGUGAAAGGAUUUGCCACAAUCCUUCCAAAUGCUUCAAAUGGCACAUGGGAUUAAUGUAGGAUUUUUUUUUCAUUCUCUCUGUCUCUCCAUCUAUCUAUCUAUCUAUCCUUAGUUUUUUUUUGUUUGUUUGUUUUUUUAAUUGGUCAUUUGUAAUACUCUUAAUUUUCUGACAAACUGAAUUUGAGUUCUCAUUAGCUAUGAGCCAGGAUGAUCGAACUAAUCAAGUUCGAAAUACUCAAAGUAUCUUCAGUCAUACUCUGAGUUAUUGAGACGCACCUGUAUUUAAUGAAUUUGCGCAGCAGCUAUGUGCACGUGUGUUUGCACAGAGGUUGACGAAACGCCGCCAGGGCUUCUGCGCGCCGCGCACGUUGCGGACGAGUGCGUGUUUAUGCUCUGUAAUGUAUUUAUUUGAGUUCAGCUCAGUAGUGAAAAAAAAAAAAUCUCCUGACAGCAAGUGGCUCAGCUGUUAGUCCUCCAUGAGCCCAUUAGUGACGAGUUAAGUGAAUAAGCAUUCACUUAUCCUCUUUCGGUUCAGCAAGCUAUUCCUGUCGGCAGCCUCAGACCUCCCCGUCGGUGACUUUUUAGGUUGAUUACUUUUUAGUGACGUAGCUGCCACAGGGCGUUAAUAUUUCAAAAAUAAAACAUGACUGCAUGACUUUAAAAAAUAAAUAAAUAAAUAAAUAAAAAACACACCAUAUAGUCUCCUGAAGGAGACGUGGAGAACGUUUGCGCACCAAAAGUUACACAGGAUAGCAUGAUGGAUGACAAGUUUAAAUGUCACUUUUAUAUCAAAACAUUGCAACGUGUUUUUUUUCUCACCUUUUGCACCAUUAUUAAGAAUGGAUUUGUCACAUGCAAGCGAAGAAUUAACUAUCUGCAGUGUGGGCAGCUGUGAAAACACAAAGUGGAUUAACCUAAAAGUUUUUGUUUUCUUUUUGCUAUGAAUACUAAUCUAGGUCUUGCAUACUUACUUACAGCAGUGUGGUGGUUACCACCAUUUGAAGUAGAGGAAUAAGGUUGCCUGCAGUGUCAACUGUGAACGAGAUGUACUUACAACACUGGAAAACACGAAUAAAACAUUCUGAUGGA